AUGGAGGGCCGUGAAUCUCUCAUUGUUGUUGAUUUGGGUCAACUUCUUUCCUUUCUCGAGCAGAGUCUCUGCCGGAUCCAAACUUCCAUUAGUUGCAGCAAUGUGGGGGGGUUCUGCUUUGCUUCCCACAUGUCCCUCCUCCAAGCUUCGCUGGCAGGGCAGGUCCUUGCUGUCCUGGCUCUACUCACCAAGGAGAGGGCGAGUUUCUCGUUGUUCAGGUCCACAAGGGACCCGAGGGAGGCAAAUCUCCUGGUAAGGCUGGAGUGCGGGGUCCUGAUGGCGAUGGUGCUGCUACAGGCGGUGGUGCUGGCGUUGACGUGGAUGGUGGCCUGUUGCUGGGUGAAGGAGUAUGAUGAGCUUGAGGCAGAGCGAGAGGCCACCGAGAGGAAGCUGAGUAGGAGGGCGAAGGUGGAGGACUCCAGCUUGAGCUACAAGGCGAAAAUUACGGAUAUUAACACCAAAAAGGUCAAUGAGUAG